UACCUCCGUGAUCCCUCUACCGGCGGGUCGCACGCUUCUACCGGCGGAAAGAGCAGCGCGACUGGGAUGCGAGUGGUCUGACCCCCCGCUGAGAACCAGAGGAAGACGAAGAGGAGCCGGAGCCGCAGCAGGAAGGUGAGAGGCCGAGUGAACGAGGGAGCGUGUGAGAGAAGUGAAGAGAGAGAGAGAACGAGAGAGAGAGGCCAUGGAGCAGCAGAGACAAAGGACUCUCUCCACAUCCGGAGAAUCGCUGUACCUUGUGCUGGGAGUCGAGAAGAGCGCCACCUCAGACGACAUCAAGAAAUGUUACAGGAAACUGGCGUUAAAGUUUCACCCAGAUAAGAACCCGGACAACCCAGACGCAGCCGAAAAGUUCAAGGAAAUCAACAACGCCCACUCCAUACUGGUCGACACCACCAAGAAGAACAUCUACGAUAAAUACGGCUCACUGGGGCUGUAUGUUGCAGAGCAGUUUGGAGAGGAGAACGUCAACACCUACUUUGUUCUGUCCAGCUGGUGGGCGAAGGCCCUGUUCGUCUUCUGCUGCCUGACCACUGGCUGUUAUUUCUGCUGUUGCCUGUGUUGCUGCUGUAACUGUUGCUGUGGUAAAUGUAAACCUCGGCCGCCCAUGGACCAGGAGCCGGACUUCUACGUCUCCCCCGAAGACCUGGAGGCCCAGAUGACGGCUGACGAGAGAGGUGGCGGCGAGCCCAUCGUCAUGCAGCCGUCUUCAGCCACAGAAACCACCCAGCUCACCGCCGACGCCCACCACAGCUACAGGACCGACGCUUACUAACCACACGCACACGUUAAGAUCACACGUGACCUAAUCACCGCUAAAGUAUCAAACAUGACACUAACAUGUUGCACACACACUUAAAGACAUCUGCAGUCGGGCUGUUAGUAGAAUUCUUAUUUUUUUAAUAUUCAAAUUAUAUUCAGAUUUUUAAUGACCUUUUUAAUGAAAUUGAAAGCAAACACAUUUAUAAAAUAAAUACAAAAUACACAUUUGAAUCGUAUUGAGGUUUGUUAAUAUUCAAAUUCUGUUCAACUCCAGAAUUGUGUUCCAACAGCCCUUAUCUGCACCGCACACACGCACACACGCACAGACGCACACACGCACACACACACACACACACACACACACACACACACACACACACACACACACACACACACACUCUCUGACAGUUCAGCCCAAACUUUUCCAUCUGAAUUUCAAACUGAGGUGAGAAGCGAAGGAGAGAAGGAGAGAAAGAGACACAGUUCAGUUUACAGGUCAACACACAUGAGACACAAUCUUUUCAUCUGGUCUGAAUGAAAUGAUUUGUCGCGUUUAUCACAGUUUUAUUAGACGACUUUAUUGAUUGAUGGCUAUCAGCUUGUGAAGAGGAUUUCAAAUGAGAUGAGAGUUGAUUCAGGAUCGAAUGAGCAUCCCUACCUUUCAAUCAGUUGAAAGCAUCUGCCCACUUCUAUGAGCGGGUUCAGAGUGUGUGCGUUCUGGGGCGACCUUUACAAACCAUCACCCCGAGGCUCCAGGGAAGUUUGAGAGAGGUUCCUAAAAAUAACUAUGAUCGAUUACUGUGCACUUGUGCUCGAAACCAUGAAUCAAACGAGGUUUCAGCUGUAAAAGUCGUCAGUCGACAGACGGCUGAACAUCAGCUGCGUGUUUGUUUACAUCCAGACUGGAAAGUUACUCUUAUCAUCUACUGGCAUAGUAAUCCCAUUACUUCAGUUCCUCAGUAUUAGCAGUCAUUUUUAGAGCUGAUCAACAUGGAGGCUGAUGCCAAUACAGAUAUUAGGUUCGUUUUUUCGAUACCAUUAUAUAUUAAGAGAAAUUGUCAGUGAUUCCUAUGAUGUUGUUUUCAAACCAAUGACAAAGAAAUGAGGCCGAGGUUUGAUAUUUUACAGUUUAACUAUAAACUUUAUUAUAAAUAACUAUAAAUAGAAAGAAACCAUAAAUAACUCAACAUAAAUACUCGUUACUUCUUCAGUCUCUGCUGUCGAGUGUCUCUCUAAGCUCGUCUCUUCUUCUCCUUCACACUGAAAUCGGUUUGUCUGCUGUCGGAGACAUUAAGUCCAGUGUUAUAAUCAAAGACAUUAAGAACGUUACCACACUGAAACCUUCACACUGAGUGUCAGCCCCACGUUUUGAUUUCUUUUGAAUGUUUGAUUUGUUUAGUGUGACAGUAAAACGCUCUUCAUGUCGUGUAUGUUUAGAUUUCACUGUUCAAACUCUUUUUCUUCUUCUGUCUGUAGAUUUGCUCUUUGUUUUUCUCAUGUGUGUUGUUAAUGAAGGGAGGAUAUAUCCGUAUCCACAGUCUUACUCGUUUGUGUGGCAGCAGUUUUGUAGAUUACUCAAUUAUCGUAGCGUCUGGAGCAGUUUGCAACAAUCAGGCUGACUAGUUAUAUUUAUAGUAAAGAUUUUCCAGAUCGACUUUUGUUUUUUUGUAGUUUUUUUGUCACACGAGUUUCUCUCCAACUCUGCUGGCGUAGAACAAACAGGAACUUUGUGCUUGUUUGAAUGAACUGUAUAAUUUUUCUAAAAAAAAUCAAAAAUUCAGAAAAAAAACUUAGAGUCCAAGUUAACAAUUGAACCUACAUCCAAAAACCUGGAUGAUCUACUGGCUGUAUUUUCUCUGAUGCCUACAGCAAACACACACUCAGUAUGUAUAAUACAUAUCAUGACAAUGUGCAAUAAGAGCUAAUCCAGACUUCCUGACUUCCAACAGCCGUUUGAAAGGUUUCAGAGAAUCUGCAGGUUCAUAAACAUGUGCAAAGAUUCCACGUUAAGAAAAAUGAGAUAAAGCUAAAUCCAGUUAUUGGACGUGUCCACCAUCAAAUCCCAUCAAUUCUAAUUCAUGUUUUGUUUUUUGAAUUUGUUUUUUAAAUAUGGAUUCAAAAGAUCUUUUCAAGGUUUCUUGUGGAACCUGCAGAUGCUCUGAGACGCCACGCGGUCAAAACCAAAUCCCUCAUUUCUCUCAUUGCUCCUCCACCGAGUGUGAAACACACGAAGCUGGAGUCAGUUCCAUCAUUAGAUCUACAGCGAUGACAUGAAUAUCCAGAACUGAUGUGUGAACAUAGCAACCAGAUGAUAAUAUUCAAGCAUUAUUUUAUUUAUUUGAUUUUUCUUAUCUUUUUAAUAUUGGAUUAACUACUAGCUGGUAUGUGGAGGGGAUGUAUAGAAUUUUAGAUGUGAAUCAUAUUGACAAUGUAAUGACAAAAUGGCGGCCCUGCUGUUUAUACACAGUGGCACAGUACAUAGAGAUGUAGAGUUUCCUGUUGUUAGCGUGGAUUCACACUUCUGAGUAAAUUAAGUAUCUGAUGUACUGAUGUCGUAAAAUAAAUGUUUCAGAUGCUUCAGA